UAGGUGCUCCGUUGUGACAAUGGGUUAACGGUGUCUGUCUUGGUGGGUUUGUUAGCGGGGCAUGGGCAGAUAAAGAAAACAGAUUGCGAGGACCUUCCCCGGCCCGGCCACUCCUCUGUCACGCCACCCUACGAGAGGAAAGCACUAUCCGGGGCAGUUCUGACCUCCAGGCAGACUUAUUCGCCCAUCUGUAACUGACAGAGCGCUCUAUCGCCGCCCGCCGCACUUCCAAAGCGGAGUCCAGACAUCUCGCCCGCUAUGGGAUCCGCUCCCGAGUGCAGCUACACUUUCGAAGACUACAAAGAGACAGCAGAUUGGUUACUCACCCGAACUGACCUGAGGCCGAAAGUGGCCAUAAUCUGUGGGUCUGGGCUGGGUGGCUUGGCUGACCUGCUGGGUGACAAGGCCAUCUUCCCUUAUCAGGACAUUCCCAGGUUCUCCCAGAGCACAGUUCCUGGACACUCUGGACAGCUGGUUUUUGGAAAGAUCGAAGGAAAACCAUGUGUCUGCAUGCAGGGCAGGUUUCACUUCUAUGAGGGAUAUGCCCUUACAAAGGUGACCUUCCCAGUCCGAGUAUUCCACCUCCUGGGGGUGAAGACCCUGAUUGUCACUAACGCAGCUGGGGGACUGAACCCAGAUUUUCAGGUGGGAGACAUCAUGUUCAUCAAGGACCACCUCAACAUUCCAGGCAUCACAGGUCAAAACCCCUUGUUCGGGCCCAAUGAGGAGAGGUUCGGCGUGCGGUUCCCCUGCAUGUCUGACGCCUACGACAAGGGCCUCCUCCGGAUCGCCAACAAGACGGCGAGUGAGCUGGGCUUUUCCGACUUCGUCCGGAGCGGAGUGUACUGCAUGGCGGCGGGGCCCAGCUACGAGACCGUGGCCGAGUGCCGCUUGCUCCGAACCCUGGGAGGGGACGCAGUGGGUAUGAGCACAGUGCCGGAGGUGGUCGUGGCCAGGCACUGUGGCCUCCAGGUGUUUGGAAUCUCUCUCAUCACCAACAAAGUAGUGAUGGACUACGACAGCCAGGAGAAGACCAACCACGAGGAGGUGCUGCAGACCUCCAAGAUGAGAGCUAAGGACCUGCAGAGCCUGGUCUGCAGCUUUUUGGGCAAGAUAGAGUAGGCCCACAGGCUGUGCCUUCUUAAAACCUGCCGCCAACACAGUUGGCUACCAUGAGCGCUUGUGAUAGAAUAACCUUGCUGAUUGCUUCCAUGCGAAGAUUACCUAGGCUUUGCUAAAUACAGUAUAUGAACUCCAGGCAAGAAACCCUUUUGCAGCCUGAAGCAGAUAUAUUAUUGCACUAGAUAAACAUUCAUAAGGAUUUUAGCUUGCAGGAUAUUUGUUUAAUGGACCAGUUUCAGGAACCUGAAAAAAAUAAUCAUUUCGACCAAUUAUACAACUUCUUAAUUGCUGUAAUAACACUGAAGCUUGAAGAUUCAGACACAUCCAAUUUUGUGACAUUACGUGGCGUUUCACCUGUUUUUCUCAGCAGCCCCUUGUCUUUCAGAACUGCAAAGGUUGCUAAAAGACAAACAAGCAUCAGGGCUAAGAACAACAUCAUUAAACACACCAUCAAGCUUCAGAACAGGACUGGAGCCUUUGAACUGAACUGUCUCGUUAGAAUAUCUCGAUUCAUUUUUAUACAGACAGAAAAUAAGAACGUGUGUGUAAUAAUUCCCACUCUCAACACAAAUACAUUCCACAGUCGAGCAAAAUAUUGAAGUGGGAUCUACCCUGGAGGAGGUACUACAGACACUGCAUGGUUUCCUCAAAAUUAACAUUUUCGACACUGGAUUUCCUCGCUGGGCGGCCAGACAUUCACAGCACUAAGGUAGAGAGGGAGGGCUGUUAUUAACCGAAAGACACAUUCUGUUCAGAGAUACUGUACACCAUAGAAGUAAAAAGUCAAAAUAUUCAAGGAUCUUUGGAUACUAGCUGCAGCCAUAACAAAGUUUUUAGCCUAUGUUAAAACAAGCACUACACCACACCACUGUGUUUAAAACCUUUCUCAGGUCAAAAUCUUUGCCAUGUAUCUCCUAAGUGUGACUGCUUGUUGUCUACGCAGCUUGUGAGAUCCUUUCUUUCUUACCAAUUCCCUCCACUUAGCCCACUUAAUUCCAGAUGGUUUUCACAGCCCGCUCAGUGAUCAGGCAGGUGUCAGUGCAACACCCCUCCUGCUGGUCAAGGACCCCUGCAAUACGACCUCCCCUUGCUCUGAGGAAGAGCCUGUGGUGCAGGCCUCUGUCCGUACAGAUGACCUUGCAUUUUCCUAGAACUCAUGCCAUGCCAAAGGUGACAGAGUAACGAUUGCCAGUAGUCCAGCUGGAUGUGUUUAAUAAUCUUCUCAGCUGCAGUCUUUAACAGAGUCACACUUUGAAACACGCCCACACCUUCGGCCUUCUUAUUGACUUCGUAUGGCCAGGCCUUGGGUUUGCUGUUUUUUUUAAACAGAGGAAGACUUCUCACCGUGUUUAAAAAGAAACAAAGAACAAGAGGCUGUUAAUUGCCUGGCUUUUCACAUUUUCCUCCUCUUUUCACACUGCCAGGGAUCUGUUGCAUUGUGAGAAUGUUUUAACCUGGGGACAGGGGUGUGUAUUCCAUCAGGAGCAGAAGGAGUGGCGUACACGUGAAAUUUGCUUACAAAGCUGGUAACAAGUUGUUUGUGAAGCAGGUAAUCUAAUGAGUCACUAGAUGUAACAAGAUGCUUUUGUAUUUUGGAUUCAAUAGCAAAUAUAUUCAUCUGUACUCUCUUGAGAUUUUUAAAGGGUUACUAGUUUAAUCAUUUGCAGGAGAAUAAUGGAUCAGGUGAACAACCUUGUGGCUGUCCUUAGACAAGGUCAAAGGUCAGCUCUCAGCUGUGUGGCUCUACUAACGUUCUGGGGCGACCCAAGCUGGCAAGAUCUACAAAAGGGGUUCGAACGAGGAGCUGGGGGGGAGUGCGGGCUGCACUGGAACAAGUACAGGCUAGUACAGGCUAGUUCCACAAGGAAAAGUGAAAGGAAAUAGUACAACAUUCUGGCUGUUAAGCCCUCUCCGUGUACGAGGAAGAGAGAGGGAAUCAAUGAUACCCAUAAUCAACUCUGCCCUUUCUCUCUCUCCCCCUCAUCCAUGUAGACAUUGUACUGUUUUUCUUUCGACGUUUGAGCGUGGAAGUCAGAUCUAGAAGUGCUAGAAAUGCUUUGGAACAAGCCAGUACAUUAUCCAGAUUCGCUACAGCUUAGGAGCAGAAUACAAGAACAAACGUUUAUUACUAAUUGUGUGCAAUCUAUGUAAGUAAUAUAGUAUAUUGAAACUGUAACACUAAUAUAAAGAGUUUGACAUCAAUGACAGUUGGAUGGUUUUUGAAAGUGUCAAACCUGUUAUUGACAGUAUUGAAGGUAUGUUGUAGAACAGAAUGUAUUUUAUGAGAAGAAUUAUUCUGAAAUAAAAAAGUGAUCAAUAGCA